CCUGCAGAAUGCUGCCAUACUUGGUGAUCGUGUUCAUCCUAACAGCCUGUACUUGUGGGGAAAAUCCUGCCAUAAAAAUAAUUUUGACAAACAAAGGACUUCAGUAUGGGAGGCAUGCAGGUGCAGGAUGGGCUCAGCAGAGUUUGAAAGACCUGUCUGUCCCUGAUGUCAGCGGUGGAAUCCACAUCCGCCCAUUUGGAACUGUGGGCUACACACUUACUGACAUGACUGUGACCCAGUGUGAUUUUCCAGAACCAUCCAUUGACUUCUAUCAGACUGUCACAGGAUUCAAGUCUACUCUUCCAGGCCUCAGUGCUGCAGUACAUGGCAACUGGAGGAUCAACUAUGGGAUUAUACGCGAUGCGGGGUCAUUCGACCUGGCUGUAUUUAAUGUGGAAGUGACCUCUGUAAUUGAACUGGGGAGGGAUGCCAGUGGGCACCUCUCUGUGUCCAGUGUCAGCUGCCAAGCUACCGUUGGAAAUGUGAAGCUUAACCUCCAUGGUGGAGGCAGUUGGAUCGUCCAGCCUUUUGUUGACAAAUUCUAUGGACACAUCAGAGGUAAAAUAGAGGGAAACAUCUGCCCUGCGGUGGAACAGCAUAUUCUAGUGUUGGAGCGCCGCUUACAGGCCAUUAAUGUAUCUUUCCAGGUGAAUGAAGCCUUGGCUGUGGACAUCCCUCUCACAGACUUACCUUUCAUAGAUGAUUUGAGCUUGAGACUGGACCUCAUGGGGAAGUUCUACAGUGUCAAAGGUCAUGAGGAACCCCCGUUUGAGGCCCAGCCCUUCACACUGCCUGAGCAGCCGGACUACAUGUUGUCAAUGGGCCUGUCCGAAUUCACAGCCAACUCUGCUUCCUAUGGAUACUUUUCAGCGGGACAACUUCAGAUCCUCAUCAAUGACAGCAUGAUUCCUCGCACCUCGUCUUUCCACCUUAACACCAGCUCAUUCGGUCCAUUUAUCCCUCAGCUUCCCAAGCUGUUUCCAGGACUGCUGAUGGAAAUACAGGUAUAUGCCAAGGAGGCUCCGUCCUUCUGCUUCCAGCCAGGUGUUGUUAACCUGGACUUCCCUGCUGUUGUCAAGGCCUUUGCCAUCCAGCCUAAUGCCACGCUGACCCCAUUGUUUAAACUCGGUCUCGACUCUAAAUUCAGUGGUAAAGUGUGGAUCGACAGUGGAAGAAUCAAAGGCUACGUGGCAAUGGACAAUUUGACAUCAACAUUGGAGGAAAGUGAAAUAGGAACCUUUAAGACAGCUGCUCUGGAGGGUGUCAUUGGACUGGGAAUAAAGUAUGGUGUCCUGUCCAAAGUGAACAAAAAUCUCACCGAAGGCUUUGCGUUACCCAGCAUGCAACACGCACAGUUGGUCAACCCUGUGUUGAAUGUGCAGCAGGGAUUUUUAGCCAUCCUCUCCGAUGCUGAGGUGAGGAACCCUGAGAGGUCCUAACUGACAUCACAUACUGGACCACUCAGCCUGGACACAUCAAACCAACACGGAUUCUGUUACAUCCCAGUUCAGAUCCCAG